UUCUUGAAGCUGUGAGAAAAAGGAUUGCAACAACUGCUUGAUAAUCGUAACCACAUAUUUGACACAAAUCAAAAAGAGAUGACAAAUGCAAAAAGAACUAAGUAGGGAUUUGUGGGUGUAAAAUUCAGAAGUUACAAUCAAUUUCCAUGUACUGAAAACAAAAAAAGAUGCGGAGAAACUUGGUUUCUACCAGUAUUGCCACGAAAAACGAUCGACAUGCCAUCCAUUAAUACAGGAGAAAUUUGCGCUUUUUAAUUGAAUGUGUACGCUUGUAAUAAGGGCGGAGAUUCGGAAAAAUUUUUCUAUUUGAUUGAAAACAGUUCUCAAAAAGUUGCAUCAAACUCUACUGAAAUAACUAAAUUCGCAUUUCUCGUUUAGCUUACCAGCUUGUCUAUGUGUAUAUCAAAAAACGGCAAAUAAUUAGGAAUGUGUAAAGUGCGUAUAAGUUAAUUAUGUGAGAAACUAUUUACAGCAAUGUGUACGUGAGAUGAUUUUAAUAAGUGUAUGUAUGGUUACCGUAUGUGUGUUUAUAGAGAGCUGUUGCCUACCACACGACAUAUAGUGUCUCCCGAGAAAUGCAACAAAUAUCAAGUGAAAAUGUAUAUAUUAGAUUGAUAUAAAAAUAAAAGUAAAAAUGUAGUAAGAAAAUUAAAAUUGAAAUUAAAGAAGAAGUCUAAAGUGAAUUAAAAAUAAAUUAACAGAUUUAAAAUAAAUGUUGCAAAUAUGCCAAUUUACGGAAAGUACACCGCUUAGAAUCAACACAGUGUUAAUAUUAUAAGUAGCUAGUUAUCCAUUUAAUCGACGCCAUCUACUCCACCCCCUUUCAUGGAAAACAUAAAAACAUUGCGUACAAUAUCACCUUAAAACAACACAUGUAAGCAUUUAUGUAACGAAAAAUGAAGUUGGUAAUGUGCAUUCUCCUGACAUGGAUGAUGCAGUGCGUCACCUCAUUGAGAAGCGUUAAUAUGCAACAAAGUAGCCAAAGCAGUACAAGUACUAUCUUUAAGUCUUUUCCACUGGACAAUAGCAGUAACCCGUCGCGAACAGUAACCGCAACAAAGUUGCCAUUUCAAGUGUCAGUAACCGCGUCAUCCCUUACAUUAAAAAGCUCUUUAUUUUUCAAAAUUGGCAAUUUUGAGGUAGCUGACUUGAGAGUGGAGAACAUGAGAAGUGGCAAUAUUGGGGAAGAACGCUCAAACACUACUUCAUCUCGUAUACAGUUCCAAUCCAGGGUAAACAUCAGCGGAACUGAUAAAAAUUACAGCAAUAUCAUUACGCACGUGGCUAAUUUUGAUACAUCGCUAAAUCAUUUGGUGGUUGAUUCAGUGACAGGUCGUGUGUACGUUGGUGGAGUCAAUCGCUUGUAUCAGCUCUCUCCAGACCUAGAAGUUCACGAGACAGUGAAGACCGGUCCAAAAAAUGACUCUGUUGAAUGCACUAUUUUGGAUUGUCCCCUGCAUGCAGUGCGCCGGCUUACAGAUAAUUAUAAUAAAGUUCUUUUGAUCGAUCGAGCGACAUCUAGACUUAUAGUGUGCGGUUCGUUAUUUCAGGGAACGUGCACAGUCAGAAAUUUACAAAACAUCAGCAUCGUAGAGCAGGAGGUACCGGAUGCCGUAGUGGCCAAUGAUGCCAACUCGUCAACUGUGGCUUUUAUUGCGCCUGGUCCACCACAACAUCCAGUUACUAACGUCAUGUACGUUGGUGUAACUUAUACGAACAAUUCUCCCUACCGCAGCGAAAUACCAGCAGUUGCAUCGCGCUCAUUAGAAAAGUCUAAAAUGUUUCAAAUAGCGUCUUCUGCUGUGACAACAGGGACACGUACAUUCAUCAAUUCAUAUGCUCGUGAAUCGUAUCUGGUCACCUAUAUAUAUGGUUUUAGCUCAGAGCGUUUUUCAUAUUUUCUUACUACACAACUGAAGCACAAUCAUCACUCUACGCCUAAAGAAUAUAUUACAAAGUUGGUGCGUAUUUGCCAAGAGGAUUCUAAUUAUUACUCGUACACUGAGAUACCUGUGGACUGCAUUAGCACGGAGCACGGUGGUACCAAAUACAAUCUAGUGCAAGCCGCUUAUCUGGGUAAGCCCAGCACAGAUUUGGCUAAUAGCCUUUCGAUAACUCCUCAAGAUGACGUGUUAUUUGGUGUGUUUUCGGAAGGUCGCGGGAACGUAUCUACUGACAAUUCAGCUAUAUGCAUUUAUUCUUUGAAAGCCAUUCGACGUAAAUUUAUGCAGAAUAUUAAGUCAUGUUUCAAUGGCGUAGGAUCGCGUGGGUUAGAUUUUAUAUCUCCAAACAUGGAUUGUGUACCAACGAAACUUCAAACCAUUGGUGAGGAUUUCUGUGGGUUGGAUGUCAACUCACCGUUAGGUGGAGAUCAACCUAUUACUGCUGUACCUGUAGCUGUUUUAAGAGAUAAUCUGACAUCAAUAGCUGCUACUAGCACAAGUGGUUAUACGGUUGUUUUCGUAGGAACAGGCAUUGGCUGUUUGAAAAAGGUAGUUGUCGAAUCAAGUACAGUUGCCAAUGAAUAUGCAAAUAUACCUAUAAAUAUUGGCUCUCCAAUUAACCGUGACAUGCAUUUUGACAACCAAAAUUUGCAUGUCUACCUCAUGUCACGCACGCAAGUCGUCAAAGUUAAAGUAUAUGAUUGCUUAGGUUACAAGACGUGCGGAGAAUGCCUAGGAGCGCGAGAUCCGUACUGUGGCUGGUGUUCCUUAGAAAAUAAAUGCAGUCCCCGAUCGGCUUGUCAGAACGAAGUUAACGACCCUUUAUAUUGGGUUAGUUAUAAAACGGGUAAAUGUACCACCAUUACAAGCGUUAUGCCACAUCAAUUACAACGCACUACUGCCCGUACGUUGGAGUUAACCAUAGAUCACUUGCCGCAGCUGAAAGAGAAUUUAGUUUGUGCUUUUACUACAGAAGAGAAAGCUCUCUUUACUAAUGCCACAAAAAAGCGUAAUGGUGUCAAUUGCACUACGCCUCGCACAGAUAUGUUGCCCCAAAUUGAACAAGGCAAACACCACUUCACAGCAAAGUUAUCAGUGCGUACACGUAAUGGUCCGGAUUUAGUGUCUACCGAUUUUACUUUUUUCGAUUGCAGUACCCAUUCGUCGUGCACACGUUGCGUGUCCUCAGAAUUUCCAUGCGAUUGGUGUGUUGAAGCCCAUCGUUGUACACAUGAUACUGCCGAAAAUUGCCGAAAUGACAUUCUAGUGACGGGUGUAAGUCGCAUCGGUCCCAGCUACCGUUCAGGACCUGGGUUUUGCCCCACUAUCAAUGCUACGGGCGACGGUAGUGAAGUUCUGGUCGCAGCUGGUACGAGCAAAUCAAUAAAAGUAAAAGUUCAUAUUAUUGGGCAGUUUAUUGUUCAGACACGCUUUGUAUGUCAGUUCAAUAUCGAAGGUCGUGUUACUAGUUUAAAUGCCCAACUUUUGGGUGACACAAUUUAUUGUGAUAACAUGGAGUUCCAGUACACUUCCCGGUCGCCAAAUUUAACUGCAACAUUUGCUGUUAUAUGGGGUGGUUCGAAGCCUUUGGAUAAUCCGCAUGAUAUACAUGUGGUUAUUUAUCGAUGCCGUGAUAUGGCGGAUAGCUGUGGCAUGUGUCUAGCUUUACCCGAAAAGUAUAACUGCGGUUGGUGUUCAUCGACAAAUACUUGUGAGGUCGAGGAGCAGUGCAACAAAAAUAAUGAGGGCAAAACGGAUUGGUUGAAUCGUAUGGAAACUUGUCCAAAUCCUCAAAUACAUUCCUUUUCACCCAAGACGGGCCCAUGGGAAGGUGGAACGAAUAUAACAAUACUCGGUAUUAAUUUAGGCAAAAACUUCACAGAUAUUUAUUCGGGUGUACGCAUAGCUGGCAUUAAUUGUAUGCCUUUCCAACAAUAUUAUAUAGACACCAAACAAAUUGUGUGUACUGUCGAUAGUCCUGGCGUGCAGAUGUAUCGUAGCGGCCGUAUUGUCGUUCAAAUCGGGGAUUAUCGAGGUGAAUCAAAGGAAGAUUACGAGUUUGUUGAUCCCAAAAUAACAAAUUUCUCACCGAAAUACGGUCCAGUUUCUGGAGGUACUCAGAUACGUAUUAUCGGCAAAUAUCUUAAUGCCGGUUCCCGCAUUCAAGCUUUCAUCAACGAACAUCUACCUUGUGAGAUUUUGAGCGUUGACGUUAACCAGGCAACUUGUCGCACCUCCCCAUCUCCUGGCAUAAUAGAAGGUCGUUUAAAAAUGAUGUUUGACAAUGGGCCACGCGAGUUUAAUGAAUAUAAUUACAAGUACGUAUUAGACCCAACCGUAGAACAAGUGUCUUCGGGUCCCAGUGGUCAAUUGAAAGUGCCGAAGGGCAUACCUGCCGGGGGUAUUCAAAUCUCUGUAGUAGGUACUCAAUUCAACUAUAUUCAGAAUCCUAACAUGUACAUUAUAUUCAAAAACAAAACAUUCGUAAGCCAAUGUUCAGUGUUGACAGGAACUGAAAUGGUAUGUGAUUCACCAGUGAUUGAUGUAGAUAAUUAUUUUUUGGAUGCUGAGAAGCCGGAAAUGCUUGAAUAUGGUUUCUUUAUGGACAAUGUACUACAAGUGCAGAAUCUUUCAUCGAGGCAUAAAAACUUCUUCGAACUUUAUCCAAAUCCAAUUUACCAUAAUUUUGAAGAGCGAGUGAAAUAUUACAAGAGUGAAUAUUUGACGAUUAAUGGUCGAAAUUUAGAUCGUGCGUGCCGGGAAUCUGAUGUAUUAGUGUUUAUAGGCAAGAAGGGAACCUGCAAUAUAACGUCGCUUUCUCGUCAGCAAUUAACUUGUAGGCCACCGGCUGAACCAUUCGAUGAAGAUGAUGAGGACAAUGGAAACAGUGACGACUCUGGCCCAGAAGUCAUCGUACGUAUUGGUCGUUCUUUGGAAUAUCGGAUUGGUGUUCUUAGCUAUACUUCUCCCAACCUUAUGCAUGAUUUGGGCAAAAAUGCUUUCUUUGUCGUCAUUGCUGGUAUCAUUCUCAUCGUUUUAAUAUUUGUAGCCCUGCUUAUUGCUUACAAGAAGAAAACUUCAGAGUCGAAUCGUGUUUUACGCAAUAUGCAGGAACAAAUGGAUAUACUAGAGUUGCGGGUAGCGGCGGAAUGUAAAGAGGCGUUUGCAGAGCUACAAACAGAGAUGACGGACUUAACAGGAGAUCUUACUUCUGGUGGAAUACCUUUUCUUGAUUAUCGCACCUAUGCCAUGAAAAUUUUAUUUCCCAAUCAUGAAGAUCACAUUGUCCUACAAUGGGAGCGACCAGAAUUAUUACGUAAAGAGAAAGGUUUACGUCUCUUUGGACAGCUUAUUAUGAAUAAAACCUUCUUAUUACUAUUUAUAAGAACGCUAGAGUCCAACCGUUAUUUUUCUAUGCGUGAGCGAGUUAACGUGGCGUCGUUGAUAAUGGUUACGUUACAGUCUAAACUGGAGUAUUGCACCGAUAUACUUAAAACGCUUUUGGGUGAUCUGAUCGAGAAAUGCAUUGAAGGAAAAUCGCAUCCAAAGUUGCUGCUUCGUCGCACAGAAAGUGUCGCGGAGAAAAUGCUUAGCGCUUGGUUUACCUUUUUGCUAUACAAGUUUUUGAAAGAAUGUGCUGGCGAACCGCUUUACAUGUUGUUUCGCGCUGUAAAAGGACAGGUCGACAAAGGACCAGUCGAUGCAUGCACGCACGAAGCUCGAUACUCUCUCAGUGAGGAGAAACUGAUACGACAAUUAAUUGACUUUAGACCAAUGACGGUUUGCGCUAGUAUCAUACAACAACAAAUAUUUUGUAAUAAUAUGGAUAUGUUGCCCUCACAUACCGAAAAUGUUCCUGUUAAAGUCUUAGAUUGUGAUACGAUUGGCCAGGUCAAGGAGAAAUGUUUGGAUACCAUAUAUCGAAAUACCCCUGCUAGUCAAAGACCACGGAAAGAUGAUUUAGAUUUGGUUCUUUUUAUAGAAUGGCGAACCGGUGCUUCAGGUCGUGUUAUUUUAUACGACGAGGACACAACAUCAAAAACCGAAAACGAGUGGAAAAAAAUUAACACUUUGCAACACUAUAACGUACCGGAUGUUGCUACUUUAAGUUUGGUACCUAAGCAAAGUUCAAUAUACAACUUCUCCAUACUAUCGGACAAAAAUGAAAAAUCUCACAAGUAUGAAACUCUUAACUUAUCGAAGUAUACAUCGUCUUCACCGACCUUCAGCCGAGCCGGAAGCCCCCUAAAUAAUGAACUGCAUGAAAAUGGCAUCAAGUAUUGGCACUUGGUCAAGCAUCACGAUAACGAUUUGCAAAAGGAAGGAGAACGUGUUAACAAAUUAGUGUCGGAAAUUUAUUUGACGCGAUUGUUGGCAACUAAAGGAACGUUACAGAAAUUUGUUGAUGACUUGUUUGAAACCAUAUUUAGUACUGCACACCGUGGUUCAGCUUUGCCUUUAGCUAUUAAAUAUAUGUUUGAUUUUCUUGACGAUCAAGCUUUGCUACAUGGUAUUACUGAUCCUGAAGUUGUUCACACCUGGAAAAGUAAUAGUUUGCCAUUAAGAUUUUGGGUUAACCUAAUUAAAAAUCCAAAUUUUGUGUUUGAUAUACACAAGUCAAAUAUCGUUGACUCUUGCUUAUCAGUGGUAGCGCAAACAUUUAUGGACUCUUGUUCAACUUCGGACCAUAGAUUAGGCAAAGAUUCUCCUAGCUCAAAACUUUUAUACGCUAAAGAUAUUCCCGAGUACCGAAAGUGGGUAGAUCGUUACUAUCGUGAUAUACGAGAAAUGCCACCGAUAUCUGACCAAGAUAUGAACGCGAUGUUCGCUGAGGAAUCAAGACUUCAUACCACAGAGUUUAAUACAAAUUGUGCCCUCCAUGAAUUGUACACUUACGCUGUAAAAUAUAAUGAGCAAUUAACAGUGACAUUGGAAGAGGAUGAAUUUUCACAAAAGCAACGGCUUGCCUUUAAAUUAGAACAAGUGCACAAUAUUAUGUCGGCUGAAUAAAAUGAAAUAAUACGAAAUCAACAUUUUACUUAAAGUAACUAUUAAGGUGUUCAAAACUUUCGUCAAGUGAGUAACUUAUGUAUGCAUAUACAUACACACACAGUAAGAGUUGCUGAAACUCAAAAAAGUGCAAUGCUUUUUACAUAAUGAAAUAGUAAGGAAAAAUCUGAACUGUAGUUUCAUAAUAAUACUUGUUUCCAUAAAGAACAAACUAUAGAAAUAUAAACAAAAACUCAUUUCAAAAAACUAGCACAUAAUGUCCAGAAACAUUCCACUUAAAGUAAGGUCUUGUAAACUCAACUUUAUUUUUGAAAGGCUAAUGUAGACUAGCACUAAUAACUAGGGUCGACACCUUUUAUUUUCUCGAAUGGAUCGUUACUGGGUAUUACGCCUUAUAAAAUAAAUACAUACUUGAUGCUCGCAAUCGUAAAAAAAAUAAAAUAAAAAAAAACUGGAAAAUAUCAAUACAUUUAUUAUAGUGAAUCGUACCAAAAAUGUAUGAAAAAUAAUACAUGCAAAGAAAUUUAAAAUUGACGAAUAUCAAAAAAAUAUAUAUUAAUAGGUACUUUAAAAAAUAUUGAACUUUCAAGAGCCAAAAUUUGUACGUUAAUUUCAUUCAAUCAAUUUACAUACAUACGAUCUACACCUGACGCUCUUUACUGAGGCUGUACACUUUUAGGCUACAUAUUUAUUUGCACUAAAAUACAUACACAUCUUUAGCACAUACAUAUUUAUAUAAAUUUUACGUGUAUUUAGUUCACUGUUCGUAAUAAGUUCUGAGGUCGUUUGAACGCCGAUGGCACUUGAUUUCCUCUGAUUUGGUCCGCUGUAUCAGCCAUAAAUACACAAUUUAUUGCCACCUAUAUUCAGUUUUCUUCAAUCGUUAAUUACUUUCGGUUUUUGGUUUGAAUAUUACCUUAGCUUACCUUCCGAAGGUAGAUUUCUUAUAUAUCAGCAUGCUUUGUAUGUAGAUCGAUAUUAAGCAGAGAAUUGGCCACCAUUUCAAUACUAUAAUUUACUGUUAACUAUAUAAAGCAAGUUCAUAAUUAUGAAAAAGGUACUUACAAAUAACGAUAAGGUUACUUACUAUUCAAUGAAAAUGUGAAUUGUUUUGUUUACUUCAAAAACAUUUUUAAAAAGUGUUCAAUAAUACUUCUCUCCGUUCUGUAUCUAUACUUUGUUUUCUUUUUUAUUUUGCAUUUAAAUAAUUAGUAUGCAUUUCCCAAAUAAAAGAAACUUUACUAAAACGUGUUGUAAUUUUUUGUUUUAACCAUGGAACAAUAUCGUGUAUGCAAAUUUCCUCGUUUCAUGUCUAUUGCUCCCUUUAUUUAGAGCUGAACGCAAAAAGUCAAUUCUGGCCAAACCUUUUAAAAUGCGUCUGUGGCCAAUUUCAUCUUAUUUUCUUGUUCGUACGUCCAUCUGUUUAAUUAAGAAUCCUCAAUACAAAGCGCGAUGAUUUUAAAAUUCAUUGCCCCAUGAUUUACGCAGAUAUGCUAUAAAAAUGCAGACUUAUUAAGAUAUAUUAUAAAAUUUUCCAAUAUGUCAAACAUAUCCCAUUUUAGAAUUACAAAAAUUGAAAUGUACAAACCAUUAUAAAAAAACAAGUAAAAACGAUUCGCUAUCUUUGUUUUUUUUUCUGUUUUUUAUUCCAAACGAUUUUUUAACAAGUAACAUCUGGUUCAUCUGUUUUCGAUCAUAAUUUUUGCGAUUUUUAGUUUAUGAGUUCUACACUAGAAGUGGAAAUAGUAUAGUCAGUUAAUUAUUGCAUAAAAUCAUCAUCGAGUUGAAAGUUGUAUGGUAGCAAGGGUAACUGCAUGUAAAGUUUGAAAGCCUGUUUUUUACAUAAAAUAAUAUGUUACACAAAUUACUGGGUUUACGCUUUUGUCGAGAACAAUUUUUCUGGGCGUCAUUUAACGUAUGAUUUCAAUUCAGAUAUGAUUUUAUUAUAAUUUUAAGGUAUGUGAACUGUAAAGUAAUUCUUUCUUUGUUAAUAUGAUUUUAAAUUUUAGAACUUUUAUUAUCCUUGCAUAUAUAAAUUUUGAUAUUGAAGGGAAUAUUUUUGUCACAUUUUACGAUAUCUCUAUCCACCAUUUACAAAGAUUUUUUCAAAUAGUAUGCGAUUAUUGAGUUAAUUGCGGUUGUGCAACUCCAUUUAUCUCAUUAUUGAAUUUUUAAAACUCAAUCUGCGUUAUUUUGUUUGAAAAAUGAGCUACAUAUUAUGGUGUUAUUUCAAUAAGUUCACGGAUUGAUUACUAAGCAAAAUUUUUUAUCGGUUUGCUUUUGUAUUUACAGACCACACUUUUACUCCUUUUCGCAUUUUAAAGUCAAAUAAUUAACAAUGUUGAGAUAGCAACUUGUAGGAUUACCCAAUAUUAUAUGCAUAUUUCUAUAUAUGACUUUUCAUAUUUAGUAAGUUCUUUUUAUAUUUCGUCUAUUUCAUUUCUUAUGCUUACAUAAUAAACGUCGAAUACUUUGCAGACCGUGUUGUUUUAACUUGUAUAUUGGAGACUGUUCUUUACGUUAGCGUAUGUUUAUACGUAUUUCAAAUAUUUUUAAAAAAUUUUUUCAUAACUUUUUAACAUGUUUGUAAGUACUUAUAUGUAGUAAAAAUAUAUUUGGUUAUUUCUGUAAAUUUAUUUGUGCGACUGUAUCUAUAAAUAUUGUACCCAUCAGUCAGAAUUCAAAAUUGAUGAUUUUACCAUACCAAUAUAAAGUAAGUCGACGUAACUUAGGGAAUAGAUAUCAACCAACAGUGCAGAUAGUUUUGAGUUAACUUUACGAACGUGUAGCUAAGCGAUAGAUUAUUCUCUCAUUUAUUUCUUUGUUAACUAACGGAAGAUGGACAGUCUUAUAUUUUCCUUCCAUUUGUAUAGACGAAGGAAUAUGUUUGAAGGCCAAAAGUGCAGAUCACUUAUAUCAUAAAAAUUGUCUGGUACAACAAGCUUAAACGAUGAUUUACUGCGAUUGUAUAAAAGCGUCAUUAUACGCCAGGUUUAAUUGUGAAUUUAACUGUGCCGAUCUCAAUAUGCCAACCUUAUUUACCUUUUAUGAAAUAAUUUAUAUCAACCUUCAUUGCAAAAUGCGAUAUAAAUAUCGGUUCGUUGGGUAGAAAAAUAACCAAACCUUUCGUAACGCCAAACAUUGCGCAUUUUGAAGCAAAGGUAGUUGGUUAUGAGAGUAUCUUUUGUUACUUUUAUAU